UUCCGCCCCGUCCCUCCCCCGGUAGCCGCCGCCGCCAUGGAGGACGCGCUGAAGCGAGCGCUCGGCACGACGGUGCUGCGCCCGACCGGGCACACGGGGAGCGGCUGCAUCAGCCAGGGCCGCAGCUACGACACGGACCAGGGCCGGGUGUUUGUGAAGAGCAACUUUCAGUCGGAGGCCAGAAGAAUGUUUGAGGGAGAAAUGGCAAGCUUGGAAGCCAUCCUGAAAACAAAGACAAUAAAAGUGCCUAAACCCAUGAAAGUCAUUGACCUCUCUGGGGGCAUUACUGUGUUUGUGAUGGAGCAUUUGGACAUGCGGAGCUUGAACAGACACUCAGCACUGCUUGGAGCUCAGCUGGCUGAUCUUCACCUUACUAACCAGAAACUUGGAGAGAAGCUGAAGAAAGAAGGGAGCAUAGUUGGUAAAGGUCAAGGGCAAUCAGAUCUCCAGUUUGUGGACCAGUUUGGCUUUCAUACAGUUACCUGCUGUGGUUAUCUUCCACAGGUGAACGACUGGCAGAGUGACUGGGUGACCUUCUUUGCCAGACAGAGGAUCCAGCCCCAGAUGGACAUGAUUGAGAAGACAUCAGGUGACAAAGAAGCAAGAGAACUUUGGUCACAGCUUCAGCUGAAGAUACCCAGUUUUUUCUGUGGUGUGGAAAUUGUUCCUGCCCUCCUGCAUGGGGAUCUCUGGGGAGGAAAUGUAUCUGAGGAUGAAUCUGGUCCAAUUAUCUUUGAUCCAGCUUCUUUCUACGGCCAUUCAGAGUACGAGCUUGCAAUAGCUGGGAUGUUUGGUGGCUUCAGCAGUUCUUUUUAUUCUGCUUAUCACAGUAAAAUCCCCAGAGCUGCAGGGUUUGAGAAGCGCCUGAAGCUUUACCAGCUGUUCCACUACAUGAACCACUGGAACCAUUUUGGGACAGGCUACAGAGGGUCUUCAUUAAACAUUAUGAGAAACCUUGUAAAGUAAAUUGCUGCCUAAGCCAAAUAUUUCUUGUGUUGUUUGGAGAGCCCCAUACUUGGUGGUGCAGCUGCAGGAGUAGCAAUGUUAAAAACAACCUGUGAGACCCCUGACCUUGUUAAAGACCUAGAAGCAGUGUCUCCUGCUGAACACCAAGUGUAAAAUAGUCAUUCCUUUUUAGGAUAGCUGGAGAUAACUCCACGAGGGAAAAAACUAAGGAAGGAGUGAAUUUGCACUGUGAAUUAAGGUCUCAGUGUCCCGAAAGCAUGUGAGACUCUGCAGGGUAGUACAAUUUUAGAUGCCUAAAAGUUGCUCACUGCA